AUGUCGGCAAUUAAACGUUUUUUUUCAAGUCAUAAAACAACAUCGAACUCAAAAAUUAAUAGUAGUCAGCAUCAUGAAAAUCAAACUUCACAAAAUAAAUCAUCUAAUAAUACGAUUGUUGCUAUUGAAAAAAUACCGGUAACAAACGAAACAUUUGAUCAUGAAGAAAUCAAAGAAAAUACGACUCCAACAACAGAAAUGCCAAUAAAAUCCGAUACUAUUCCAUCACCUCCAUCACCAGAAAUGGGAACAUCAAAUGAUAACGACGAGAAAAAAUCAUCAAAAUCUACAAGUUGGACCAUUGAAGAUUUUGAAAUUGGUAAUUUACUCGGACGUGGUCGAUUUGGUUAUGUAUAUUGUGGUCGAGAAAAACAAACACGUUUUGUUGUUGCACUUAAAAUCUUAUUUAAAGCUCAACUGAAAAAUUCGAAAAUGGAACAACAAGUUAAACGUGAAAUAGAAAUUCAAUCAAAUCUCAAACAUCCAAAUAUUUUACGUCUGUAUGGAUUUUUUCAUGAUGAACAAAGAAUUUAUUUGUUACUUGAAUAUGCACCCGGUGGUGAAUUAUAUCGACGAAUGCAAACAGAAAAAGUUUUACGUGAAAAUAUUAAACCAGAAAAUAUUCUCAUUGGAAAAUAUAGCAUUCUAAAAUUAGCGGAUUUUGGUUGGUCUGCUGAAAGUACGUCGACAUGCAAACGAACAACUCUUUGUGGUACAUUAGAUUAUUUACCACCAGAAAUGCUUAAUGGAAAUGGUUAUGAUGAAAAAAUUGAUCUUUGGUGUCUUGGUGUUCUCACUUAUGAAAUGAUAAUUGGUAAACCACCGUUCGAUAGUCAAACUCAACAUGAAACAAUUCGUAUGAUAAGAUCAAUUGAAUUGACAUUUCCGACAGGAACAUCACCUGAUCUUCGCGAUUUAAUUACGAAGUUACUUCGUCGAAAUCCAGCUGAUCGAUUACCUUUGAAAGAUGUUGCACAACAUGCAUGGAUAGUAAAAAAUGCAGAUAUAGCUGCUAUUGAAGAAAGCUAUGUUAAACGAAAGAAAACAUUAAAUAGAGAAAAUUAA